CAUUCAUCUUGUUAUGCCACUGCUAGAAGAGAUAGUGCAUCUCUGAAGCGCUGGCUGCAUCUCCGUCUUAUCAUUGUGGCAAUGGCGCGACAGCUGAGCACUACACUUGGUCCGGCUAGCCUCCGUGCCCCGAGCCCUGUUUGUGGGGAGAGAGGAACCACAAUCUGCAGGUGCCCAGGCUAGCAUCUAUCUCACAACCUCCCUGCGUGCCGUCCUGUGUGUAGCUAGGAUCUUUUCGACCAACAUACAGCAUGGUGGAUGCAAUUCCAUGACAGCACUAUCUAGGUACCACACACACACGCACCGACACAUGGCGCGACAUCGACGGACUUCACCGCACUUAGCCGCGUGGUGGCCUCGUGCUCGUGACGCUUCUACCGACCAUUGAUAACAGAAAAUAAGGUAUAUGUACCACCGCCAUGUCUGCACUCUGGCCCUGUUACUCCUCCCCCCAAAUCAGCUUCGCCUAAAUUCUCCAACAUCCGGGACAAUAUGGUGUUCUGGAAAAGCAAGCAGCCGACCGUGGUUACGGGUCGCAUCUCGCCUAACGGCAGUAGCGACAACGAAAAGGGCCUGACUCCUGGCCAACAACAUCCUUACGAUAACUAUGGCGGCGAUGCUGAGAUUGCUCGCGUUAGCGACCCGGCGGAGAGCGGGCAAAGUCUGCACCGCGACCUCACUGCUCGUCAAGUUUCUAUGAUUGCCAUCGGAGGCGCCAUCGGCACAGGUCUCAUUAUCGGAACCGGCACCGCGCUGGCCACGGCUGGACCAGCCUCUAUUUUGAUCUCAUAUUGUCUCGUCGGAGUGUUGGUCUACGUGGUUAUGGCGGCUCUCGGCGAGAUGGCGACGUGGAUGCCUGUGGCGGGUGGUUUCGCCAACUACGCUGCUCGUUACGUGGACCCCGCGCUUGGCUUCUCUCUCGGUUACACUUAUUGGUUCAAGUACAUCAUUACGACUCCCAAUCAAUUGACUGCUGCCGCCAUUGUUAUAUCGUACUGGGUGCCGGCAGAAACCGUGAAUCCCGGUGUCUUUAUUGCGAUAUUUCUCGUGGUCAUAAUUGUCAUAAACUUCCUCGGGGUCAAAUAUUUCGGAGAAAUGGAAUUUUGGCUCUCGUCCGUCAAGGUCCUCACGCUCUGCGGUGUCAUCAUCCUCACCCUGAUCCUGGCAUGCGGUGGUGGUCCAGCUCAGACCUCCGCGCCAGGCUUCAAGUCCUGGUCAAACCCUGGAGCCUUCGCAAGUUAUAAAGGAAUCCCAGGAACGCUUGGCAAAUUCCUCGCCGUCUGGGCAAGCAUGGUCACGGCAGUCUUUGCCUUCUUGGGAACUGAGCUCGUUGGAGUGACGGUGGGGGAAGCCCAGAACCCGCGCCGGAACAUCCCACGAGCCAUCAAGCUCACUUUCUGGCGUAUCCUCGUCUUCUACAUCUUCUCCGUCCUCCUCAUUGGCAUGGUCGUCCCAUACAACGCCCCACAACUCCUGAGUGCCACCAAGCAGGCGAGUAACGCGAACGCAAGCCCCUUCGUUGCUGCUAUUAUAAUUGCAGGCAUUCCGACUCUUCCGGCAAUCCUCAAUGCUUGUAUCUUGAUCUUUGUUUUCAGUGCCGCCAACUCCGACCUUUACAUUGCAAGCCGAACUCUUCACGGCUUAGCCAUCAAGGGCCAUGCUCCAGCCAUUUUUGCGAAGACGAACAGCCGUGGUGUCCCAGUCUACGCGCUAGGUCUCUCGUCGCUGAUCUGCUGCAUCGCGUUCCUGAGCGUCUCGUCAGGAUCGCGUACCGUUUUCCUCUACUUCGUGAACCUGGUCUCUAUCUUCGGUCUCCUCACCUGGAUCAGCAUUCUCGUUUCGCACAUCUACUUCAUUCGUGCCCGCCGGGCCCAAGGCGUGCCGGACUCUGACCUCCGAUAUGUGUCCCCCUUCGGACUCUGGGGCUCAGCCUUUGCCUUGAUCUUCUGCAUCAUCAUCGCAUUCACCAAGAACUUCGGUGUGUUCUUGGGUAAUACAUUCGAUUACCAGAAUUUCAUUACCGGUUACCUGGGCAUCCCUCUCUACCUGAUCAUGAUCUUCGGAUGGAAAUUUGCGAAGAAGACCAAGGGUGUCAAGCCACACGAGGCUGAUUUGUGGAGUGGAAAAGAUGUUAUCGAUCGAGAUGAAAGGGCAUGGAUCAGAAAGGAGGCGGAAGACAAAGCUGCUGGACGUGGGCCGGGCAAGCUGUACCAGUACACCCUUGGGUGGCUCUUUUAGGUAUUGUUUAGCAAGAUACCUCAGUAUUGACGAAUUUACGAGCCUGUAGGAAAGUUGUUUCAUUCCACCAAGAUGUUACUGUUUAGUUCGUGACCUUUCCAAACUUGAGAGUUUGCACAAUUGAUGGGGGUUUCCGCGGGAUGACUUUUGCCCUUUCUCACAAGAUGACCUUUCUCACAAGAUUACUUUUUUCACAAGAUUUCCAUUUCACAAUCAAG